AUGUCGACUCCAGACGAGAUCCUCCAGGCCUGCGCCUCCCAGCCCCUCGAAACAGUCCUCUCACUGCUUUCCACCUGCCCCAACCCGCCGCAGGCAAGGGAGAUGGCGUCCCAAGCAGUCCGACACGACCGACUCCCUCUCCUCCAACACAUCCUAGCCAACACGCCCCGCGAGUCCCUCGAGCCCACGGGCAUGCUCCUCCUCGACGCCGCCAGCGGCCGCUCCCCAGCGUGCGUGCAAGCGAUGCUCGACACGGGGCUCUCCAUCAACCUGAACGACGACCGCACGGGCGGGGUGCUGCACCGGGCGCUCGGCGGGGUCGGGUGCCCGGAAUCCUUCAUCGCGUGGCUGCUCGAGCGCGGCGCGGCGGUGAACCACCCGGGCGACUACGACCCGGACGGCUUCAACCCGGACCAGGUGCAUUGCAUGUGCAACGGCGUCUCGCACGGCACCGUGCCCAUCCUGCGGCUGCUGGUCGCGGCCGGCGCGCAUGUCGACGGCUCGCGGGCGCUGCAUUACGCGGCGUGGUGCGACCGGCUCGAGGCGGCGAGGUUCCUGGUGGAGGAGUGCGGGGCGGCGGUCGAUGCGCCGGCGGGGGUGAGGGGGUGGUACUGGCGCGGUGACGUUGGGAGCACGCCUUUGCAUGUUGCGGUGGCGGGGAAUAGCGUGCGUGUGGCCGAGUACUUGCUGGAGAAGGGGGCGGAUCUGGAAGCGAAGAAUGCAGCGGGGAGGACGCCGCUUCAGGAUGCAGGGUACUUCUUGGGCAUCGAGACGGCUGGGACUAAAAGAAUGGACUUGCCGUGGGACUUGCGGUUUCUGGCCGGCGGGUAUGAAGGGGGGCAUCAGGAGAUUGUUAAUUUUCUGAAGCAGCGGGAAAGUCAGCCAGCGUAG